AUGUCAAGCGCGUCCGCAACACCCGUACCGGACCCGGAUGCCAGUCCAAAGCGCGUCCGGAGGACCAUCAUCGCCACUGGGCCUCCACCAUCCAUCACUAGUCACUACUCCACUGGUCCCUCGUCGACUCACUGCACUACCACCAUGUUCUCUAAGACUUCUUCUAGCUCAUACCCUGCCCAGAUGAACUCGGCAGAUCGCACCGUCACCAUCACUCUGCCAACGUCCCCCCAUCCCAACCCGAGCCAAGCGGCCGAGAUUGCGGCAUUUCAGUAUCAGCAAGAGCUGCUCGCUGAUUUCUUCAGUGGGGGUGCCGCUCCCCGUCCUCGCCCUCCUCCGCCCGCCUCUUCGUCCGACCACUCUUCGCAAAUUACCUCGCAGGCGAGCUCGUAUGGCAGUACAGGGAAGAAGUCCAAGUGGGGCAGCGUGCUCGUUGAGCGCGACGCCGCCAAAGUAAAAGCGAGUGCGGUCACGAACGUCUAUCCUGAACCCACGACGCUCUCGAAGCGCAUGUUCCAGUUUGGAUUCGCAUGCCCCUUGCUGUGGCUCAUCGGCGCUGUCUUUCUCUUUCGUCCUCCCAGGCCGCGCAUCGAACACGAAGGCCUCCCGGUGAACUCCGCGGAGGAGCGCGGGCGGCGCAUCGCGGUGUAUGAGCUGGCCGAGGAGAGAUGGGCGCGGCGCUGCUUGUGGGCAUCGGUGGCUACUGUCGUGAUCGUGUCCGCCGUGGUUAUCGGGGCUGUGUUGGGUACACGGAGCCAUUAA